CAAACAGAAACUUCAGAGAAUCAACUAGAAAACCACAGCUUGUCAAGAAGAAAGACAAAACCCCAAUUCACAAGCAACCUUAUAUACCCCAUAUUUCAAAUCUUUGCGGUUUUGUCCUUUGGGUUUGGUUAGAAAUCUAAAAUGGGGGCAGGGCGUGAAGUAUCAAUAUCCCUAGAUGGAGUAAGAGACAAGAACGUGAUGCAGCUUAAGAAACUAAACACUGCUCUCUUCCCUGUUCGUUAUAAUGACAAAUACUACGCCGAUGCCCUCGCUUCUGGCGAUUUCACCAAGCUAGCAUAUUACAGUGACAUCUGUGUCGGUUCAAUUGCUUGCCGACUGGAGAAGAAAGAAGGUGGAGGUCUACGUGUUUACAUCAUGACAUUAGGUGUUUUAGCACCAUAUCGCGGCCUAGGCAUUGGUACAAAGCUGUUGAAUCAUGUUAUUGAUCUCUGCUCAAAGCAACAUAUUUCUGAGAUGUACUUGCACGUGCAGACAAACAAUGAAGAUGCUAUCAGCUUUUACAAGAAAUUUGGAUUUGAAAUCACAGAUACCAUCCAGAACUAUUACACGAACAUUACCCCGCCUGACUGCUAUCUUCUUACAAAAUUCAUCACUGAGACAAAGAAUUAAAAGAGCUAUUAGUUAAGUUGGGAGUCCACUUUUUGCCUAUUUACUGGACUUUACCUUGGUUUAGUUGUACUAUCAAUAUCAGAUACUGAUAUUGAGGUUCUAUAGAUACUAUUGAUGAAAUGAUGGGUUAAAAGAUCACCUGCUAGAUUCGUGGAUCAAGUGAGUUGUUAUGGUUCUAAUCAGUUGCACAAACAUUUUUGUACUCCUGUUUUUCUUUGAGGUACUAAGAAGGGUCCGGCUGUUUUAUAA